GGGCGUUCUUUAAAAGUGCAAAAGUUAAAGAUGGCUGCCUCCACAAGAAUUCUCUCAAAGACCAUAGCUCGACGGCUCAUCGGAGCGAGAACAUGUUAUACUGAUAGUAGAGUGAACUUAGCUUUAACUAAAGAUACAAAGGUCAUAUGUCAAGGUAUCACAGGAAGGCAGGGUGGAUUUCACACUCAGCAAGCUAUAGAAUAUGGUACAAACAUGGUAGGAGGCGUGAAACCUGGUAAAGGGGGCCAGACAGCUUUAGGAUUACCAGUUUUCAAUACUGUGAAAGAGGCAAAAGAAGCCACUGGAGCAGAUGCAACUGUUAUAUAUGUUCCUCCACCUUUUGCUGCUGAAGCUAUCAUCGAAGCAUUGGAUGCAGAAAUGGGCUUAAUUGUGUGUAUAACUGAAGGUAUCCCACAGCUGGACAUGGUGAAGGUGAAACACCAGCUUGUAAGGCAAGGCAAGUCCAGGCUGGUAGGACCCAACUGUCCAGGUGUGAUUAAGCCCGGUGCCUGCAAAAUAGGAAUUAUGCCAGGUCAUAUCCACAAGCCUGGUAAUAUUGGGAUUGUGUCACGAUCGGGGACACUGACCUACGAAGCAGUUGCCCAGACUACUGCUGUUGGACUAGGCCAAUCUCUGUGCGUUGGUAUUGGAGGAGAUCCAUUCAAUGGUACCAACUUUGUGGAUUGUCUUGAUGUCUUUUUAAAAGAUCCUGAAACAGAAGGCAUUGUCCUUAUUGGGGAGAUUGGAGGGGGCGCCGAGGAAAAGGCUGCAGAUUUCUUGAGGGCUAACAACAUGGGAGAAAACCGCAAACCAGUUGUAUCUUUUAUUGCUGGUUUGACAGCCCCACCUGGCAGGAGAAUGGGGCAUGCAGGAGCUAUAAUCUCAGGGGGUAAAGGGGGUGCAGAGGCUAAGAUUGAAGCCUUGAAGUCAGCGGGUGUUGCUGUCACCAUGUCUCCAGCCCAAAUGGGAUCAACGUUAGUAGAGGAAUUCAAGAGAAUGGGUCUUUAAUUAGAUUGAAUGAUUACAGAAUUUUGAAAAAAAUUAUUGAAUUAGACAAAUAAAUGAUGGAUACUUAAUCCCAAGAUUCUACCACCAUACUCUACAUGUACCAGGCAGUCAACAUUACUUACUUUUUAAUUUGAUAAUUGGUAUCAUCUUCACCUCGGAUUGUGAUGUUGCUUCUCUAUUUUCAGACAAUGAAAAUUGUGUUAUUCAAAAAUAAACUUAAUGAAAGAAAGUUAUUUUUGUUUCCAUAUGCUCUAGUGGUGAUUAUGAUCCUUCUGAAAUAUCUGAUACAACUCUCACACUAUUUAAUCAUAACAUUGUUAAUAAGUUUGCUGUGUAGCACCAUAAACACAAUAUAAGCAAAUAAAUAAAUAAUGAUGAAAGUGCCUAAUUACUGUAAUAGGAACAAGAUGUUUUAAUUAUAUCAAGCAUAGCACUUCAAUGAAAAGUAUUAUUUCCAAGUUUUGACAUAUAACCUUUUUCUAGCUCAAACAUAACUCCACAAUGUUUGAGCAUUUCAGUCAUUUGUAUGAGAGAAACUUCCUGGGGGUUAGAUCUGUGCAUAUACCAUAGUCUCUAUUGGGUAUGAUAUUCGUCUUAAUAGUGAGAAGAUAGUAAAAUGCAUACUCUAAGUAUCGAAAUGCACGCCAUCGUGUCGGGAUUCAAUAUUUCGACAUUAAUUAUGUCAUCAUCUUGAAUCCUGGAUUUUAUCUGAGAUUAAUCAGUGGACCUUUUUGUUAAUAGUGAGAGGUUGCAGGUUUGAAUGCUGCCAGAGACCGUUAUUUUCAUACAGCUGAAUUAAGGAACUUUACAUUGAAGCUCUAUGCUUGAUACAAUUAUAACAUUUUGUUACUAUUCGAGCGCUGUUAUUAUCAUUUAUCUAAUUGUUAUAUACAUAUAGGGUAUUGAUUAUUUUAAUAGAUUGCUUAAUAUUUUACAUGUAUUCCACUUGAAACUUUAUUGUAUUAAAAUACAAUUCCUUAUUUCAUAAUAGAUUAAUACCACAUUGUAGAAGUAAAUUUCUCUGAUAAUCAGUACCAAACUUGUUCCCUAACCUUAUCUCACUAGAGCAAUAUUAUUAUCAAUGUAUUAUAUUAUAAUAAAUUGGAUCGAUAUUAUAAA